UUAUCAGUCAGUAAGUCAGUAAGUUAUCUGAAAACAGACAUCUUAAAAGCAACUUUCAUACACUGGUGUUUCUUGGGCUGAUAACUCUAUGGAAUCGUGUUCUCUCCGAUUCUGUAAGCUCUACGCAUCAGUAUUGUGUGGAGUGUUGGCAGUUAGCGUGACAUCGUAACAUCAUGUGUAUCAUGUUUAUUUAUCGAAAUGCCGAAGCGAAGGGGGAUACCUAUCGAAUAAUAUUGGCAUCGAAUCGAGAUGAAUCGUUGAAACGACCAACUGCAACGGCUCAUUGGUGGAAAAAUUAUCCUAGGUGCCUGGGAGGUGUGGAUAUGGAACCAGGCAAGGAGGGCGGUACCUGGUUAGCGUUAUCAACGGAAGGACGAUUUGGCGCCCUUCUAAAUUUAACCGGAGAAAAGAGAUCGACCACAACGCCAGGAGAGGGCCGCGGCUAUCUUGUCAAAGAUUACAUUAUUUCAGAUGUAUCCGCAGAUAAAUACUUGGCAAAUCUUUAUGAAAAAAACCGUUAUGAACAAAUCUAUAAUCCCUUCAAUUUGAUAUUGGUCAAUCUAUGGAAUACUCAUGUGUCUCUCCUAUGCAGCGCCGAAAAUUCUGAAGGACCAGAAAAAUGUUUGGAUACCAUUUUAGGUUUUGGGAAUAGUCCUAGGGGUCGACCUCUCAAAAAAGUUACGUUAGGGAAGGAAAGAUUUAAAAACAUCGUUCAGGACGCAACUAUUUUGGACCAAGACAAAAUAAUUGAAAAUCUCAUAGAAUUCCUCAGAUGGAAUGAAAAACAUUUGCCUGACCCAGAACUCGAAAGUAGAGCUCCGAAUUGGUAUAAAGAUUUGAGUUCAGUUUUCGUUCAUAUCCAGGAUGCAGAGUACGGAACUAGAGCACACUCAAUAUUGAUGGUGGACGGAUCGAACAGAGUUACUUUUGUAGAAGAAACUUUAAUGCCAGAUGCGUCGUGGAAGAGACAGACUUUUACGACAGAAUUACAGAUAUUUAUGUAACAGAUACUGUAUAUACCAACUCAUCACGGAUUGCCAGAUUUAUAGUUUAAAAUUACUUUUCAAAAAAAAAAGGUUGAAUAUUAUAAUGUUAAGCUUUGUUUAAGGUUAAAAACAAUAUUGUACCUCAAAAGUAAAAAUACUAUGUAACUAAUUAUAAGAAAAUUAAAAGAAGAGAAAGGAUUCAGAUAACUCCAUUCACUCGAUCUCCUCGUCUGUACUUUCAUCUGUCCCAUCCGUAAGCAAUUCUUCGGACAUAUCUGUUAUGGAGCCAGCUGACACAGUGGUUGACUCUUCAGUAUUCUGCUGAAAAUCAAUGGAAAAUCGAUAUUUUCAAGAUCUAAAGGUGUAUGUACCUCCAUUAACGGAUUUCUGUGUCAAUAAAAUUACUAAUCAUA